UAUCUAUGUAUCCAUCACGGGAAGGGCUAUGAUUAUCAUUAUGUUUCUCUGUGUAGCCAAUUGGGAGAGCGGUGCUGGCUCUGCCUCGUCCGUGAGGCGAUAAAGGAGGAGGAGAGGGGCUCGUUUUGGAGAGGGGUUUUUUUUUUGUUCCUUAAGGCGAUUGGGAUUCAGGCUGGGCUUUGGGAAAGGGGGCGGGGACACUCCCCUCCUAUCCCUCCCUCCCUCUUUCGGCGUCGCCUUUCCAGGAGAAACCAUGGCAUGACUGAAGGAGGAUCCUCCAGCAGCAGCAGCCGCAUUUUCAGUCUUCCAUCCUGAGGCUGGAUGGAAGGCUUGUGGAGGCACGAGGAGAGUCAGGAGGAGCUGCCGGGGAGGUGGCCUUUGGAAGCGGAGGGAUGCUGAGCUGAGCCCGUCCUCCCUUCUCCUCCUUCCCAAUGGCCAGCCGGCGGAGGAGCCUGGAGCUGGAGCACUUCGAGGAGCGCGACAAGAGGCACCACCACUCGUCCUCCUCGCACGGGCAGGGCCAGGCGGCGGGCCGGGGGCGGCGCGGCGGAGGGGGCAGCUCGACGUGCAGCAGCAGCUCGGGCGCCAAGGGCAACGGGCUCAUCCCCAGCCCCGCGCACAGCGCCCACUGCAGCUUCUACCGCACGCGCACCUUGCAGGCCCUGGCCUCGGAGCGCAAGGCCAAGAAGGCGCGCUUCUACCGCAACGGGGACAAGUACUUCAAGGGCCUGGUCUACCCCAUCUCCAGCGAGCGGUUCCGCUCCUUCGACGCCCUCCUGGCCGAGCUCACCCGCUCCCUCGCCGACAACGUCCACCUGCCCCAAGGCGUCCGCGCCAUCUACACCGCCGACGGAGGGCGCAAGCUCGCCAGCCUCGAGGAGCUGGUGGAUGGUGAAAGCUAUGUUUGUGCAUCCAAUGAACCAUUUCGGAAAGUUGAUUACACUAAGAAUGUUAAUCCAAACUGGUCUGUCAACAUAAAGUCUGGGUCAUCUCGAUCUCUUACAUCUUUGUCAUCAUCAAGAAGUGAUUUGAAGGAGAGCAAGGACUUCAUUAAACCCAAACUGGUAACCGUUAUACGAAGUGGAGUGAAACCACGGAAAGCUGUGAGAAUUUUGCUUAAUAAAAAGACUGCUCAUUCCUUUGACCAAGUGUUGACUGAUAUAACAGAAGCUAUUAAGUUAGAUUCGGGAAUAGUCAAGAGAAUUUGUACACUGGAUGGAAAGCAGGUUACCUGCUUGCAAGACUUUUUUGGUGAUGAUGAUGUUUUCAUUGCCUGCGGACCUGAUAAAUACCGUUAUGCUCAAGAUGAUUUUGUACUGGACCACAGUGAAUGUCGUGUUAUGAAAUCAUCUUAUUCACGUCCACCUGGAAUGCCAAGAUUUUCUGGAUCAAAAAGUCCUGGACCUUCACGUCGAAGCAAGUCUCCUGCUUCAGUAAAGAGGAGUGGUCACUACUCCAGUGCUUACUCUUCAGCAAAAUCCCCAGUCAAUGGAAAUACGAGCAGCCAGAUUUCAACUCCUAAAUCAACAAAAUCUUCUAGCUCCUCUCCUACGAGCCCUGGAAGCUUUCGGGGCCUCAAGAUCCCUCAACAUUGUGGGUCUUCUCCCAAUGUGAAUGGUGUGCCUGAACUAUCUCCCUGCUUGAGUCCUGAAGGUUUGAAUGGAAACAAAUGUUCAGGGACAUCAACUAUUCUUGAGAAAUACAAGGUGGGGAAGGUGAUUGGAGAUGGCAAUUUUGCUGUGGUAAAGGAAUGCAUAGAACGAUCCACUGGAAAGGAGUUUGCACUGAAAAUUAUAGACAAAGGGAAAUGCUGUGGAAAGGAGCACUUGAUUGAAAAUGAAGUCUCAAUAUUGCGUAGAGUGAAACAUCCCAAUAUUAUCAUGCUCAUAGAGGAAAUGGAUACUACAACUGAGCUCUAUCUGGUGAUGGAACUGGUCAAGGGUGGUGAUCUUUUUGAUGCUAUCACUUCUUCAACAAAAUACACAGAGCGUGAUGGAAGUGCCAUGGUCUACAAUCUAGCCAGUGCAUUGAAAUAUCUCCAUGGUCUCAGUAUUGUCCAUAGAGACAUUAAACCAGAGAACCUCCUGGUCUGUGAGUAUCCAGAUGGGACAAAGUCCUUGAAACUAGGAGACUUUGGUCUGGCCACUGUGGUUGAAGGCCCUCUCUAUACAGUCUGUGGUACGCCAACUUAUGUGGCUCCUGAAAUCAUUGCAGAGACAGGCUAUGGUUUAAAGGUGGACAUUUGGGCUGCAGGGGUCAUUACGUAUAUACUGUUAUGUGGGUUUCCUCCAUUUCGUAGUGAGAACAAUGUCCAAGAAGAUCUUUUUGAUCAGAUCCUGGUUGGAAAGCUGGAAUUUCCUUCUCCAUACUGGGAUAACAUCACCGACUCCGCUAAGGAGUUAAUUAGUCUGAUGUUACAAGUAAAUGUGGAAGCACGAUAUACUGCAGCUCAGAUUCUAAACCACCCCUGGGUGUCGGAUGAUGCCUCCCAGGAAAAUAAUAUGCAAGCUGAAGUAACAGGUAAAUUAAAGCAGCACUUUAACAACACACUACCCAAACAGAAUAACCCAACUGCAGGGGUUUCUGUCAUCAUGAGCACAGCUCUAGAUAAAGAGAAGCAAAUCUUCUGCAACAAACGCUGUCAAGGCUCUGGCCGAGCCACUGUGAACCAAACCACCAGGACAAAUGCUGCAGCUCAUGAACCUCCCACAGUUGGUCUCAAAACAUUGUUUCCUACUGCUUCUGAGCCACUCAAACUCUCUACGCACUCCGUCUCUGCAUGUCAUGACGAUAGCGCAGGGUUCGUUUAAGACAAGUCCCACUGAUGAACACUGCUAGGUCAGAAAAAAUUAUCUGCUACUGUUCUGUUGUAUUCACUACUGUAGUUUGUUCACAUUCUGUUUGAAAGGGAUGAAGUUGGUAUAUACAGUAGUUUUUAGUGGUCUGGACAUUACAUUUGGAAAAUUCUUACCUUUUAGAAAAAUUUUAGAGUUGAAUAUAAUUAAAAUGACAUUGGAAUUGGAAUGAUAUCAUCUACACUAGUGGUGGUCAUAUCUUGAUACACACUCUGCAUUGGAUGUAACAUUAGAAGAGGCUUCACCCAGCAAUCUCUGGUCUUUACAAGAUGUUCCAGAGAAGCAAACUGGGAAGUUCUGAUCAUUGAUUCAUCUUUCAAGUUCUGUUCUGGAAUUACUUACUCUGAAGAGGAAAGCCUGGUCUCAGUGGACAAUCUGUACAAUAUUGAAAGGCAAGUAGUAUGAGUGAGGUUACAUGUGUGAUAGUUUGAGGGGGAGGUACUUAAUACUAAAACUUCUGAUUUGAUAUUAGUUUAGAUAAGAUGAACUUAAACAAAUGGAAUUGAAUACAAAAGUAACAUAAUCACAGGACAAUCAUUCUUCCAUUCAUUCUUUUGUUAUGAAAACUGUAGGCAUUAAAGCCAUUUCUGCACAUACUGUUUUCUGACCCUAGUCCCAGAAAACAAUGGUUGCAAACAAUAACAAAUUGUAUUGGGACAAGAGCUUGCUGCAUGUUGGAUUUCCUAAGAUGGACGAAUUUCUUUUAGAGCGAGCUAAAUUCAAGCAUUGAAUUGCUGAUCACCAAUGCAGAAUGCUUUUGCCAUCUUUUUAGAAAAAAUAUCCCUUUUUAUAAGCGACAAAAAUUUGAAAUACUUGGGGAGAUGUUAUGCUAAAAUGUGCAAUCAUGGAUAGAUGGGAUUGUAUCUUACUUAAUGCUUGUUUCAAUAUUGUAUGUACUCUGCUUGUUUCUUUUUUUCUCCUUUUUAACAAUUCUCAAUCAUUUUCUAUUAGCCUUUAUUUUACAUUAGAACUAUUAAGACCUGCAAUAAACAUUCUUCUUGAAAAGAGCAAA